UAUAGUGAUUUAAAUGUACUAUAGAUCUCAAAAUAAACAAUAUUAAAUAUUAAAUCAUAUGAAAUCUAGUAGAAUCCAUCAAAUAAGCCUCAAAUGUCAUGAAAAAAAUUCAUCUGUGUGAUGUAACAUUUUUUUAAAGUUUUAAAAUUUCUUUAGUUUUUUACACAAAUCCCGUUUAAACCAAGUUUCUAGUGAAAUUAGUAAAUUUCGCCGAUUUUUGGAAUCGGCCGUGGUCUUUAAUUCUAGGAUUCUACACACGGGAUGCAUGCAUUCAUAAUUGUUGCAUUGUUUUUAGAUCUUUACUGUUCUGUAAAUUAUGAAACAAAUCAGUAUAUUUAUUUCCGUAAUUUGUAAAACUUGAUUUAAUGAUUAUUUAUAAUGAAAGCAUCUGAUAUCGCCUCCCUAACUUGCGUUUCUCUCUUCUUGACAGUCGCCUUCGCUCACGUUGUUAAGGAAUUUGUACUCAAUUUGAAAGCUCGCUCAAAAAUUGAUAAAAACUACGUGCCUGAUGAAAAGGAGAAGAGAAGUGUCAAGAUUUACAGGUUAUUGCUGCUCCAUGUCGGCACCAACAACAUCGUUUUGUUGUGCCUGAUUUUCGGAAUCUCAUUUAUUAUCUAUGGGCUCACCAACGAUUACCUAGAUGGACUUUGCUUUUUCGUGGGUGGUCUAACUUCAUUGAUCACAGGUUUACUGGCUGUGCUCUUCUGUAAAGGAGCCUCCAGCAAGCUCGUAGACUUAUCCCAAAUAGGAAUUCGUCAAGUGUACUUGAGAUGUUUGGGCAAUUCGUCUGCGAUUUCUAUCUUUUUAAUCGGUUUAAACGUUCUUUCACUCUUUAUCCUGACUAUAGUUUUGUUCCCGAGAACAACUUUAGGUGAUGCAAAAAUACUUAAACUGCUGACCACAAUUUCAUACUUUUGCUUUGGAACUCUAUUCGUGACUAUUUUCUCCAGACUCUCAGGAGGGCUUUUCAACAACUCAUACAACAUUCUCCUGGAGUCUGAUAAAAGUAACACAAUUGAAGAAGUUUCAGUAGAUGAAGUUGUUGAAAAUAAGUUGUUAGGAGAUAUGAAUAACUAUUUGCAGAAUAUCUACGAAUUAGUGCUUGAAUUUGUUGCCAUCCUCUCAACAUUAAUCUGCUCAUACGUGAUGGUGAUGGGUAGAUUUGAGGAAAAUGGAGUGCUGCUGGCCAAGUCAAUAAAGUUCUUAUCGUACCCAUUUAUUAUUCUCUCAUUUAGCCUAUUUGUAACAGCAAUAACAAUAACCAUUUUCACAUACUUUAUGAAGAAUAAUACCCUUAAAAGGGUCAGAAACUCUUACAUGUACACUGUUUGCUCAAGUCUGGUAGCCACUCUGGCUCUUUUGCCGUUCUUUCACAUGUUUUUCUUACCAAGUGAAAUUGACGGAGUUCACUAUGAAAGGUACACCGUUUACGGACUAGUGUUACUGGGUUUCCUGGUCGGUGUAUUAAUGUCACUUUGCAAUAAAUACUUCUUGUCAAACAAUAACUUUAUGGGCAAGUCGAUUUCACUAUCAGUAAUCUCAUCACUGACUGGUGGAAUUAUCAACUCACUUUCGUUCUCAAAGCUCUUUACCUUUAUUCCAACUGCAUUAGUAGCUUUGAUCCUUCUAUUGUCACUGAUUUUGACUGAUUUCUACGGGUUAAUCUUUGUAUGUGCCGGAUCAAUGUGUUCUCUUUGCCUGGUGCUUACAGGCUCAAUUUUCUACUCCUUGGUCUUUACAUCUCAUAGACUAACUGAAGGCGAAGAUGGUGGAAAUGAAGAAAAUCCAUCCGACAGUCUAGUAUUAAGGAACCUUAAGACUUCAUGGUCCAAAGUCAGUGAUGUAACUAAGCCAUACUUGAGUACCUGGUGUAUUUUACUCGGUUUAGUACUCAUUAACCACAUGUCAGUUAAGUUGGAAGUUGUUAGCCCAGGUUACCUUAACCCAUUUGCCCUCACAUCUCUGUUCUUGGGAUGCACAUUCCCAAUACUUGAAAGUGGGUUAAUCCUCAGAAUAUCAUCCUCAAUUGCUAAUACUAAGUUGAGGAAAACAUUCAAGGAAGUUUACAACUCACUUUACCCAUCCAACAAGCGUGACAAAGAUGAUAAGGGAAAGGGCAAGGGUAUAAAACUAUCAUUUUGGAGAAGUGGUAAAAAUAAUAAAAAACAAGACGACAAACCCGAAAGUGAGGAUAUUACCAAGAGAAACGCAGACGUUGAGUCCCCAAAUGGACAAGUUGAAGAAUCCAACAAUGACGAACUGAUUAACGUAGUAAUUAGUUCAGAUGAUGAUACUAAGUAUAAAAAGUUCAGAGGAGGGUUUAAGAAAUGUUUGCUAGUUGAAGCCGGUGUUCAAGAGGAUUCAUUGUUGAAUGCUCCAAUCACCUGUGAUAGUUCCAGAUCACCACUCACUGACACUCUCGACUCCACUUACAGUAACAACUCGUUCCACACAGCUAACUCUACUCAUGAAGAUGCUGGAGAUAAUGCCGCGACUGUGGAUUUGAGGAAACACUGCUCUAGAGAUUACAGAAUAUUGAAAAAUGCAGAUAUUCACUACAAGAUGUUCCACCCCAAGUAUCAUGAAAAACACUUUAACUUGCAAAAAAUAUCAACCGACGAAGAGGUUACUGUACAAAACAAUUCACAGAAUUCAGAAAGUGCACAAAAUAAUGUAGAAGAUUCACAAAAUAAACAAAAUAAUGUAGAAAAAAGUUCAGAUAAAGUAGAAAAUGCAGUAGAAGAUGUAGAAAAGGUCGAAAAUAAGCAGAAUUUGGCAUCAAUGGUAGAACAUAAGAAUGAUACAGGAGUACCAUUGGAAACCACGGUGGAUUUGAAUAAGGUGAUGGAAGGAGUCAGGAAAAGUAUUUCUAGCGAGAAUUCAAGUUGCAGUAGCACUUACAGGGAAUAUGAAAGUUCAUAUCCCGAAAAGAAAGUUCAACCAUCCCAAGUACAUACAGCUGAGGUGGUAAACGAAGAGUCACAUGACGAGGCUGAUCUUGAGGAAGUACAUUACACAGGCUCAUUCACCUCUAAGAACCAAGAAGGUGAAGUUGUCGAAAAUGAAUAUCACAUUGACGUGAACAGGAAUUUAUUACCGCCAGAUGUUGAUAUUUCUAACACUCCCAGGCGCCCAACCCCUAAAUCCACCGACAGCUGCUUGCUAGAUUUGGAAGCUCAUUUCGCACAACCUAAGAAGGAAAGCCAAUUAUUAACAUACAAGAAUGUGCUGAUAUCAAUUUUAUUGUCAAUUUUGCCUUUUAUUUUGGCUUUUGGAUUCCCACUUCUGGUUGGUGUUUCUUUGGGCAAAAACGCACUCGUCACACUUUUACUCUUUUCAAACAUCUCAUCUUCAAUUUUGGUCCAAGUGCUUUCAUUGUGUUCAAUGACUCUUGAGUCAAGUUAUAAUCACAUCUCAAGAACUAGUUCUGCGGACUCCAAUUCCGCAGUUCCAGCCGCCCAGUUACUAGACAGUAAUGGCAACGUUUCAAAGAGGUUGAGUAAAAUCGUCUCCUCAUCAAUUGGCCCUGUUCUUAACGCCCUUAUGAUGGCCUUGCCUUUAUUCUGCAUUUACACAGGAAGUGUGUAUACUAGCCUCUCCAAUCACCAGGGGUUCCCCAAGUGGUCAAAGUACACAAAUUAAUUUUUUCCACUACA